AUGAAGCUCUUCGCCUUCAUUGCCUCCCUCCUUUACCUUAUUCCGGUCGCACUCUCGGCCUCGUCAAGCCCGGACAAGUUCGAACAAUAUCAGUCGGUUUCUCGCGUCGCACCCAUUCAACUUGAUGACUUGUCUUAUGAUGAUAUCACUUCGAAGCCUCGCGAUUAUCAUGCAGUGGUUAUCCUGACAGCUAUGGAAGCCCGUUUUGGGUGUGUGCUUUGCCGCGAUUUCCAGCCUGAAUUCGAUCUUAUUGCGCGAAGUUGGAACAAAGGCAGCAAGCCUGACGACGUCAAGCUGCUAUUCGGUACCCUCGAUUUCAAUAAUGGCAAAGCGGCCUUCCAAAGACUCAUGCUUCAAACCGCGCCCGUCCUCCUGGUCUUCCCUCCUACUCUCGGGCCUUAUGCCAAAGUUGACGACAGUCCACUGCGUUUUGAUUUCAGCGGUCCCAUUUCCGCCGAGCAGGUUUAUGCUUGGAUCAACCGCCAUCUCCCCGAUGGACCAAAACCGCCACUUGUCCGUCCGAUCAAUUACGUGAGGAUUGCCUCCGGAAUUACAGUUCUGAUGGGAGCCGUGACCUUGUUUACCGUGCUGUCGCCUUAUAUUCUUCCAAUUGUAAGAAAUCGGAACUUGUGGGCUGCAUUCAGCCUGAUUGCCAUCCUUCUAUUCACCAGCGGCCACAUGUUCAAUCACAUCCGCAAAGUCCCAUAUGUUGUCGGAGAUGGAAGAGGUGGUAUCAGCUAUUUUGCCGGUGGAUUUUCAAAUCAAUUUGGAAUGGAAACCCAAAUUGUUGCCGCUAUAUAUGCUGUGCUCGCUUUUUCAACGAUAGCGUUAGCUAUGAAGGCCCCCCGCAUUGCGGACAACAAGUCCCAGCAGGUUGCCGUCGUUAUUUGGGGGGUUGUUUUACUUGGAACAUAUAGUUUCCUUUUGAGUGUCUUCAGGGCGAAGAACGGCGGAUAUCCAUUCUUCCUCCCACCUUUUUAG